CGGUGCACUUGGUCGGAGCCCGGAGUCCCGGGAGUCGCCAGUUGCUGUCCGUCGUUCGACGGGUGUUCACGUUCCUUGUUGUGUUGCAGUCGUCGCCUUUGCCGCCGUUGCCAUCGCUUCCACACGCGCACAUACUCUCUGCAGGACCACCGCGCGUCGACGGGAGCCCACCGCACGUCCGAGCCAUAUACACGGUUUCACACCGCCUCUUCUCCCUCCGUUACCCUCUAUCAUCUGUACUCCGUUAUCAGAACCGUGUGAUUGAUAACAUCGACUCGACGUUCCGUACUUCAUUGGUUCUUUAGCCAUCGCUGCCAAUUAAUCGUACUCUUGUCGACGUUUUUUCCCUUCGGUUUGAUACUUUAUUUUUAUUUUUCGGCCAGAUCUCCCCAUACUGGACGUUUAUACGACCGCGUUACCUACCUGUAUCUUUCGCCGGCACCACCCGCAGCUGCCGCACUUGACCCAAUUACGAGAUUGCACACCACCGGUGAUCAACAGCACCACCAACGGAAAACCGGAUCUUAUCUCCAUCGCGCCGUCGGCAUAUUCGGAUUGAACAAAGUGUACACAGAUCGUGCAAAACGUCAGGACACAGACGACCGCUGGCGUGGGUCGGGCCCGGUGUUCUAUCGGAUAAUGUUUAUGGGACGGCUCGCUGGGCCCCCCCACCACAUUUCAUGGACGAAAGACCGACCGACGGAAGGAUUAACAACGGCGAGAGUGGCGGCUCUGUGGUCCGCAAGGACGAAACCAAAAGGAUUCCGCCACCACCAUUGCACCACUUUCAACAGCAACACCAGCAACAGCAUGAGCAGCAAAUGUUACGCCAACAUCAACAUCAACAGCAACUGCAUCAGCAACAACAGCAACAACAACAAUUGCAACAGCAACAGCAGCAACUACAGCAGCAGCAGCAGCAACAAUUGCAACAGCAUAAAUAUCAGCAUUACCGUUAUCGGCAACUAAAGCAGCAGCAGUAUCCGGUAGUAGUUGCCGCGCCUUCUACCGGCAACGCCAAUCCUGCACCGUCGUUUCCGUCAAAGCUCCAGCAGUCCUUGUCAUCCGCAUCGUCCUCGUCCGCGUCGGCCCAUCCCAUCGUGGCUGCAGCGCUCUAUACGGAAACCGAUCGGUCCGACUCGGGUCUCGGUUCGUCGCGCACGCUCAACUCGGGCGACGAACGGUCCGGUUCGCAUUCGAGCGCAUUCAGCGGUUCUGACGAUCAUGCGGCCGCCACGUCGCCGCUGAACGAUCAACAGCAGCCGCCGCCAUUCAACAGUUUACCCGUCUGGAGGGAUCCCAACAUAAUACAGUCCAUGGACGGGCCCAUAAGACAUGUGGACAGUGUACAACAUCAGACCCUCUUCGUUUCGAACAAUACACAAAUGCCUCAAGUACUGUCUUUUCAUCCACAGUCUGUUCUUUCGCCGUCGCCGAUUCAACCGGCAAUAGAUGCCACGGGGAUAUUGUGGAAACAGUCUGGUGUUGUUAACAGCAAUCCGGCGACUAAUUAUUACCACCGAUCCAACGAACAGCUCAGACUCAAUAGCGGGAACGCGGAAAAAGAUUAUACAGAAGUUAAAAAAAUGAUAUCGCCGUUGUACGUAAAAAGUGGUCCAAUCAGUGGUGGUAAAAGAUCUGCCGGUGGUCAACCUAAUGAAAAUUAUCCCAGUGAAUACGGACAAGUUGAAAGCGAACGAAUAGUCAACCGUCAGCAAAUAUCUAAUCGAGAACACAAUGAAAAGCAACAAGCUGAGGCAGCUGUCCACCACCAUUUCGAAGAGAGUUUUAAACUUGCGCAACAGCAAAGAAGAACUAAUUGGAUAUCGAAUUUACCAACCCUUCCAAAAAAUGUAUACCCAAGUCAAGGGCAUAACAUUGAAGACGCGUCACAACAUAGACCCUCUUCACUCUCAACAACCAAUAAUCGAGGAGAAGAAUGGAAAGAAAAGAAGAAUCUGUCAUAUGAUCCUGUUAGAUUGACACAAAUCGAACAAUUAUCUACUAGACCAUCUUUGUCUUUUCAAGAUAACUAUAAAGCCCACACCGUUCCUACAGUAAAUUACAAUCGUGAAAAUAUAUCAGUGAAUGCCAACGAAGGUGAUAACUAUAACAGUAUGAUCUCAUAUACUCCAUACAUGAAUUCAAGUCAGGGCUAUGUGGCUUCCGCUUCAUCAGUUAUAGUCAGAAAUGAGUCAUCUUAUAAAAACCCAUCGAAACAAGCACCACUAACAGGUUAUGUUAACAAUCGUGCUCCUACUAUUCUCUCAGUUCCCGCUAUCAAGUUAGAUUAUAAUAUAGAACCAAUAGAAGCGGAGCCUAUGCAUUAUUCCAGGCCUUCAGCAAACACUAGUCAAUCAAAAGAUCAUGACGUUGCUCAAGAAAUACAUCAUCCAGGUCCGUUGUUAAAUACGCAUGGUCGAUAUGCAUUUUAUCCUCCUCUAACUUCAGCUCAAAAAGAUGAAAAUAAACCUCCUCCGGCUCAUUUAAAUACAGUGACGACUAGUGUUCUUUCGGAAUUUGUACCUGUAGCAGUACCAGUCGAUGAUCUCCAAACGGAACCCUUAGAUCUAGUUGUGACGUAUAAUACUCGAUCGCUCAAAUCAGAUACACUUAAAACUGAAGUUCCUUUACAAUUAUUAAAUUAUAGCAACAGCCGUACCAUACGAGGUCCUCAAAGUACCACAAGCAAAUAUGAUAUAAAUUCUAGUAUAAAAACUAAAAAUUUGAAGGUUUUAGAAAUUUCUCUACCUGACCAUAUUAUAAGUACAUCACCAAACGCACUAAUAAGCACUCCAACGACAAAAUCGACAAUUCUAUCGACAGCUCUCUCGUCGACUAAUUCAGUUGUUAUUUCAUCUACAAUUACAGAAGCUAUUCCAUGUAUCAAUAUAAUAACCAAUUCAUCUGCUAACACAAUGACUAUCUCAACUUCCAUUCCGUCUAUCGUUCCAGUGGUUAACGUAACAACUAUCACAACUUCCAUAACUUCUUCUAUUCCAUUGGCUAACCACACAGUUAGUCCAAUAAUUAUUACGAAGACUGUCUCGUCCAAUAUUUCAACAGAUAUUCCCACAAUUACCUCUGCAGGUAUUCCAACUAUAAUAUCAAAAACCAAGCCAGUUUUGUCCGUGGUCUCGACAACAGCAUCAUCGGCUGUCUCAACGACAAAUUUAUCAACACACGAUUCUUCUCCGUCUACUCCUCCGCCAGUCCUUAUGCCCGCUAUUUAUACAGAGAUGAAUUCAAAACCUCAUCAUCACAAAUUAAAAAAAGCAUGGCUACAACGGCAUGUAUGGACUGAAGAUUUGAAAGAAGCAGGCGUUAAUAUUGACCAAAAUCCAUCAAACUCGUUUUCGGAAAUUGAUGAUACCCCACCUGUAUUAGAAUGUGAAAUUGUGAAAAAAAGAAAAAAAUCAAAAAGUGCAUCAGAAAAUAAUGUUACUGUAGAAGAAAUGUCAGUAGAAAUGUCUCCAUAUGAGUCGGAUAUAGAACAACAAUCAUUGACCAAUGGAACCAAAAAGUUUAAAAAACGAAAAAAUUCUAAUUCAAAUAUACUUUCAGAAAAUACAACGGAAAGUGACAAGGAUUCAGAUUUUGUAAAAGAAAAGAAAGUUCCACCAAUUAAAAUUCCAAAAAAAAGAGGUAGAAAACCAAAAGUGGUAGUAAGUAUUCCUUUAAAAAAAGGUAAAAAUGACGACGAUGAAGAAGUACGUUUUUUUCAAUCCGGCCCAUGUUUAAAUGUCGGUCCUAAAAUUCACAAAUGCAGAGAGUGUCGUAUAUUUUUAACCAAAAAAAAGAAAGAUCUUACGACGCAAGAUGAAGUUGAUAAUAUAUUUUGUCGAUUCUAUGCAUUUCGGCGUUUAUUCACUAACAAAAAUGGACAGUUAAUGGAUGCUGGAUUUCCUGACCCUUUCAAAGAUGUAACAGUGGAUGAUCUUAAUCUUUGGAUGCCUAACUCAAAAUUUCCACCAAGUACGUUGGAUAUCGAGAUCGCGAAAAAAGUAUUGAUUGAAGCCGGUCGUCAAUUUUGUUAUUUAGUGAAAGAAGAAAAUAAGGCUCUACAUUUAUCUCCAUUUUUUCGAGAUAAACCUAUUGCGUGGAAAAAAGCUGCUAAUGGUGUAAGAGAAAUGUGUGAUGUUUGUCUUACAACUAUUUUUAAUUAUCACUGGGCUUGUGCAAAAUGCGGUUUUGGAGUUUGCAUUGACUGUGUCAAAGCACGACUCAAUGGCACAGCGGAGUCACCAAAUGCAGCGAAAAUGACUAAAAAGGAUUUACGUGAAAAGGACACGUUUAUGUGGAUGACUUGUAACAGUAAGCACAACCACGAUGUCGAACGACUUAUGUUAACACAAAUCGUGGCCGGUGACUCAAUGAACAUUGUCUUCUCUAAUUUGCACGAUGUCUGUAAACAGUGGAACAUUGAGAUUGAAUGUGGUUGCCCGGGCCAUCCAUUUCCUUCGUCAAUGAAUGAUUCUAGCUCUGACGAGGAUGAUGAGAAGAACGAGGUUCCUUUUGAAAAACAAGAAAAAAUUCCAAAGCCUGAGAGCAGUCCCAAAAGUAAUGUAGCCGAAAGCUCCAAAAUCAGCCCCCCUCAAAAUGCUAAUAUAAUUGAACCACAAGUGGCUGGGUGUUCAAAAAGUAGACGAGUAAGCGUUCAAUCAAAUUCAUCUUCGAAAAUAGAUAAAUUGAAACAUUUUGUCAGAAAAAAAAGUAAAUAUCUGAAAAGAAUUCCACGUGAGCCUUUACCUCCACGCGUUAUGACAUUAGCGGAAAGCCGACAAUUUUUUCCGGACAACCCCCAUUUAUGGCUGUGUGAUGGAAAGCUGUUAAGACUUUUAGAUCCUGAGGAUCCUACAAACAGUGAUCUAUUUCGGGAACAGUGGAAAAGAGGUCAACCGGUGAUGAUUAGUGACGUAGGUAAAAAUUUAAAUCCACAUCUGUGGAGUCCGAGUUCGUUUUGUCGUGACUUUGGUAAUUUUACUAAUGAUUUGAUCGACUGCAUGACCGGUAUGCUGGUAGAAGGCAAAUCGAUGAAACAGUUUUGGGACGGUUUCGAAGACGAAAGCAAAAGAAUAACGGACUCUAAUGGUAGAAAGAUGUUGUUGAAACUAAAAGACUGGCCGGUGGCAGCCGAUUUUUCAGAAACAUUACCAGAAAGAUUCAACGAUUUAAUGACAGCAUUACCGUUGAAAGAGUAUACACAACGCGACGGAAAAUUAAAUUUGGCGUCCAGAUUACCAAUGUGCUUUGUACGACCAGAUCUCGGACCAAAAAUGUACUCUGCUUACGGGAAUGCUGGAAGACAUAGCCUAGGUAAACAAUCGUUGAGCACAACCAAUCUACACUUAGAUGUAUCGGAUGCUGUUAAUGUAAUGGUAUUCGUGGCUCCCACGCAAAAGGGUGACGAUGAAAUCAAUUCCGAAGACGAUCCGGAUAACGAUUGGCAAACAAAGGAAGCGUAUCGCGCGGUCGAUGAGGCCGGUUGUGAUAUGGCUAGCAGAAGACGAGCCCGCGAACCGAAAGAGUUCCCCGGUGCGGUGUGGCAUAUUUAUCACGCUAAGGACGCAGAUUCCAUACGAGAUUUGCUAAAUAAGGUGAGCGCCGAGCGUGGUGAACCACUGGAACCCAAUCACGACCCCAUACACGAUCAGUCUUCAUACUUGGAUGCAGAUCUCAGGGCGAGACUGUACAACGAAUACGGUGUCGAAGGUUAUGCGAUCCUACAGUGUCUGGGCGAUGCUAUAUUCAUUCCGGCCGGAGCGCCGCACCAGGUGAGAAAUUUACACAACUGUAUCAAGGUGGCGGAGGACUUUGUGUCGCCUGAGAACGUGUCUCAGUGUUUCCGGUUGAUGAACGAGUUCCGUGAUCUGUCCAGUAGCCAUAGCAAUCACGAAGAUAAACUUCAGAUCAAGAACAUAAUGUACCACUCGGUUAAAGACUCGCUUUCGGUGUUGUUACACGCAGGUCUAGAAAACCCUGCAGAAUAGGGCUAAUUGAUUUCUGUUCAUGGUAAUUUAUUAUUAUUUUUAAUUACUUUCGUUGUUGUUUUCGUACAUGCUAAUCUGUACAUAAUUUACAAACAAUUAUUAUAUAUCAAUCCUUCUUAUUACUAUUUUGUAAUAAUAUAUGUCAGUAAAAGGACAACUUUAUUAUUUGCAUAUAUAUUAAAUUACUUUAAUGUUGUAACAAUUAAAUAUCAUAACUUUGAUUUCGGUGCUCAUGCAAGCACAAAAAUAAAUUUUUUCUUG